GAAAGUCCAUUUAGCCCAGACUACCUUAAAUCUGACAACUUAUCCGGCUAACCAAGAAAUCCUGCUUCCUGAAACAGGCCCCUGGUGAGAACCCUUUCGGUGUUAUUGUGAUCGAAGGUUGUUUGUGUGGCUUAGCUGAUCCACCCCCACUUCCUAAGGUGCUGACGAACUUUUAUUGGGGUUUGAUCGGAAGUUCUCUUUCCAGCUCGGCCUCUGUCAUCCUUUUGUCACCUACUUAAUCUGCUGGCGUGGUGGUGCAGUGAUUAGCAGUGGAGUGUGGUUUGAGUCUCCGCUGUGACUCCAUGCAUUUGGAGUUUGCAUGUUCUCCCCGUGCCGUUGUGGAGUUUCCACUGGGUUCUCCAGUGUUCCUGCCACAGUCCAAAAACAUGCUAAGGUGAAUUGGAGCUGCCAAAUUGCAUGUGUGUCCUGCGAUGGGUCGCCACACCUGUCCUGGGUUAUAAUCUGCUUUGCACCUGUAGCUACUGUGAUCAGGGCCCCUGCAGCCCUGCAUAGGAUCAGUGAGCAUAGAAAACGGAUGAAUGCUGAUGUGCCGCUAUUGACCCAAACCACAAGAUGCUUGUCCUCUCUCUUUGGUUAUUAUUAAAUGGGGAAAAUGCUGCCGUGUGAUUGCGCUUUUGGGAAGGAUAAAAAGUUUUCCGCUUUCCAGGUGAGCACACUUGUUAACAUUAAGCCGGUUGGAGGUGUUUGUCUCCCCCUCUGGCAAACAGGAGAAUAUGUAGCUUAGUGUGUUUUGUAAUGUUUGGGUGACAAUUUGUAAAAACAUCCAUUAUGCAAUUAAAUUACUGAUAAGAUAACCUGAGCAUAAUGUUUCUUUUUAGAAAAUUUAAGAAAUCUGUGAAAAUACCAGUCCAUAAAAAUUAGUUUGCUGUUCAGUGGGGACGCUGCCUGCUGCUGUUCUUGUGUUGAACAAUACAGUUGAAUACAGUGGCAUGUAUGGCUGAAGCUAAUUGGUAGCUGAGGUUGGUAAUGCUAUAUGUGAGCGCUAGGCUAAUGCUAGGAGUUUAUAAUGCAUCUUCUCUGGGAGCAACUCUGCUCUGAUGUUUCCAACUCUGUUUGCCUACUGCUGCUAAGAAUGAAAUCCAGAUAUCAAUGUACUGGCAUAUGUGACCUUUAAUCUUUACAAUUUGAAAAGCGUGGCUCACUUAACUAUGUGCAUCACAUCCUUUCUGGGCUUUAACUUAGCUGGAUUAACUGAUCAUUAAUUAAUAAGGCUCGCUUUUGCCUGUUUGGUGCACUGGAGGGGAAGCCUUGCCUUUCUCAUGGCUGUAUCAGUCUUCAUGUUGACUGUGUUCUUAACUUCCUUUCCCAGCAGUGGUGCCUGGCCCAGGGACUGGGACUCGCCCCAGUGGGACAGGAAGCUGCAUCACUGGAGCCUCCCCCCACCCCACAAUUCACUUGACCACAAUUGCUCUUGCAUCUACUCAACCCCCCCCCUUUUCGGUAGCCAUGUCGCGGGAGCAGUUCAACAUCGGGGAUGUCCUCCCUCUUCUGGAAUCCUCAGACUUGCACGAACUUGAUGAGAUCAAGAGUUUAAUUAACGAGCACCUCAGCACAGAUCGUGGCUCUGUGCUCCUGAACAGCCUGGUCGAUUACUACCUAGAAACGGGUUCCCCUCAGACCCAGCACAUCCUGUCCUCUGUGAGGGAACCACACGACAAGCAUCUUCUGGAAAAGAUAAAUGAAUGCAUGAACAAGCAGGCAUGCCGCCUUCACGCACUCACCCUGCUGGGACACAUCAUCCGCAAGCAGCCUCCCUGGAUCCACAAGAUUGCGCGCUUCCCUCUUUUCUCCUCGCUCCUGAAAUGCCUGAAGACGGACUCCAAUAUCGUAGUGCUUAUAACCGGGGUCCUGGUGUUGAUCACCCUGCUGCCCAUAGUCCCGCAGGUCGGCAAACAGCAUCUUUGCGAGUUCUUCGACAUCUUCGGCCGCCUGGCAGCCUGGAGUCCGAAAAAUCAAGGUCACGUGACAGACGUUUAUCUGAUCCACCUGCAUGCCAGCGUCUACUCGCUUCUUCACCGGCUCUAUGGCAUGUUCCCCUGCAACUUCGUCUCCUACCUGCGCUCUCACUACAGUAUGAAGGAGAACAUGGACACAUUCGAGGAGGUGGUCAAGCCCAUGCUGGAACACGUGCGGAUACACCCGGAAUUAGUGACUGGAACCAAGGACCAUGAGCUCGACCCCACAAGGUGGAAGCGGUUCGAGGUCCAUGACAUCGUCAUCGAGUGCGCCAAGGUGUCCCUGGACCCUAAGGAGGCUUCUUGUGAGGAGGGCUACGUGAACAUUCCAGAGCGCAGUCACCCUCCCUUGAAGCUUCGUUACCUGGACUGCACCACCAGCCCCUACUCUGACCUCCACACCAGCUUCGGAAGCUCUUCCUCAACUUCUUUUUCUGCCCUACGCCAACCCCUCCCACUACCCCUGACCUUACCGUUCCAUCAAAGCCCCCAGAGCUCCCGUCGGCAGAAUGGUGAUGUCGGCACCUCUGGAGGGAAGGACCUCAUCUGGAGCCCCUCCUCCGUGUGCGGCAUGACCACGCCCCCAUCAUCCCGCGGCAUUUCUCCUACGAACGUCACUGACCUGUCCCAGAGUGCCUCCUACCUUCAGGGCCGUGUGCACGGCAUGCUGGCAGGUGGCAAACGCACCCCUUGCUCCAGUACCCCGGGUACCUCCUCUUCAACGCCAACGCUCUCUGAUGAGUUUAUACACAUUUCUCUGGCACCCAGUGUAGCGGAGCCACCAAACAAGGAUGGGCGAGCCUUGGAGCACCCCAGACCCAGCCUGGUGAGACAAGAGCCUGUCAAAGAGACGGAGAAAAGCAGGCCUGAGAUGGCGCCACCCAGAGAUGGCUCCACAGAGAGCAUGAAGACGAUGACCCUGCCGGAGCUGUCCUUGUUCAUCAAGAAGCAGGAGCUGGAGCUGCGAGAGCGCACGGAGAAGGAGCGAGAAGAGGACGCCAUCACGGAGGAACUGCAGAAGAUAACAGCAGAGCAGUGCGAGCCGCCCGUCCUCCGGGGCGUCGACUCCCCUUUCUACCGCACUACAGAAAUGCUGACUGGCAUCAGGGAGAAGCCGCAGGUUCCGGUGCUGCCCGGCCUCCCCGCCGAGCUCCGGCACGCCGCCUCCACCCCAGACCGGCCCGAUGGGCCCCCCCAGCCCUCUGAGCGUCACGUGCCUUGGUCCUUCACCCCCAUCGACCGCUCCCUUCCUGGCCACACCCCCCACAGCCCAUUGGUCCCUGAUGAGGAGGCGGUGGGCCUGUUGUCCCCCAGUCCAUGCCGGGGGGGUGCCGUCCCGGCCUACGAGAGCCUGUUUGACCUGGCUCUUCCCAGGGCCGCCCUUGUGUAUGUGGCCAAGAGGACAUCGGAGGCCCAGAGGGUAGCUGGAGGGGAGGUGGAGCCGGAGGAGAAAGAGGGGGAGGGUGUGGCAGCCACGUCGCCCCUGGAGGUCCUGGACCGGCUCAUCCAGCAGGGCAGCGACGCCCAUGACAAGGUGCUCAGGAGACUACCUUUGCCAAGCAAGUCAGCUGACUGGACGCACUUUGGAGGCUCCGCCCCCCUGGACGAGCUGCACACGCUGCGCAGUCAGCUGAUCCUGCUGCACAGCCAGCUGCUGUACGAGCGCUACAAGCGGGAGCAGCACGCCGUCCGCAACCGGCGCCUCCUGCGGCGGAUCAUCAACGCCACGGCGCUGGAGGAGCAAAAUAUCGCCAUGAAGGACCAGCUGAAGCUGCAGGACGUGGAGAUCCAGUCGCUGCAGGCGAGCCUGCAGGUGGAGCAGCAGCGCUACCAGCAGCUGUGGGAGGACCGGGAGUCGGUGGUGACGCGGCUGUACAGUCAGGUCCGGCAGCUGCAGCAGAGCCGCGACGAGCACUACGGCAGGCACCAGGAGCUGCAGACCAAGCUGCAGGAGUGUCAGAGGAGGACAGGUGAGCUGGAGGCCGAGCUGCAGAGGGCCAAUAAUCGGGUGUGCAACACGGGGCACCAGCUGAGCCAGCUGUCCGUCAAGCUGACAAACAGCGAGGCCCUGCGGCAACAGAUGGGCUUCCUGAAUAAACAGCUGCUACUCUUGGGGGAAGUCAACAAGUUUUGUGUGAAGGAGUUGCAGCACUUGGGCCCUGACACAAGAAAGGAGGCAGAGAUGCUGCGCGCGUCAACAAGGAAGGAGAUCGACAAGCUGCAGCAGAGCAUGCUGCAGCAGAGCCAGCGGCUGGAGGCCGCGCAGCAGCGCAUCGGGGAUCUGGAGGUGCAGCUGACCAAGAAGGAGCACCUCAUUGUAGAGCAGAAGCUGUUCCUGGAGGAUGUCAAGAGCCAGGCCAAAGGGCAGCUGCAGGCCUCGGAAAAUAGGUACCAGGCCCAAAAGCAAGUCUCCCAGCUCCUACAGACAGAGCUCCUCCAGCUCUACGGACGACUGGAGACGAAAAGCCCUUCUGCUGGCAGCCUACCAGCAGAGGGCGGUGCUGAGCCUCUGGCAGCCACAGAAUUCAGUGAUGGCAUCCCAGUACCAACGGGUCAGGUGAAGGCAGGCACAAGGGCUGGGGCGUGUGGUCCCUUUGAGCCUCCAACAGACAAUGGUUGCACUUUAUCUCCUGGGAAGCCACAGUCCGGCAUGGCAGCGAGUCUAAACGGCAGCCUGGAGCCGCGGGCCCAGGCCCCGGGGCCUUCCCCGUCCCACCUGCCGUUCCUCACGCCUCUCCCCGGCAACACCCCGCUGACCGUGGGCUCCUACCCCAGUGCCAAGAGCUUCCUGGGGAUGCGGGCCAGAGAGCUGUUCCGCAACAAGAGCGAGAGCCAGUGUGACGGGGACCUACCGCCUCCAGCCUGCAUCCCCCAGGGUUCAAAGACUGAGAAGAGCGUGGAGCUCGUGGGGAACCCUGCCCCUUGCCCCGCAGUCAUCUCUGCCCUUCAGGGUACCGUGGCCACACAGGUUCUCGCACAGGCUGCUCCCAUAAAGGGGACCCAAGCAGACGGAGAACAGAAGGCCAGCAUCCAGGAUGUACCCAGGCUCGGCGGGACGUGGCAGAGGCAGCAGCAGCUACGAAUCAUGGACUACAACGAAACACAUCACUAGCGCGGCUGGAGAAACGAGAUGGGGGUGGUUAACUGAACUGUGCGUGAGUGAGAGAGUGAAUGGGGGGGGGGGGGGGAGGUGGGGGGGGGGGGGGGGGUAUGUAAGGAACUCCAGUACCUUUCCCAUUCCUGAAGUGGACAGCAGAAUACUGGCUGAGUCUAGGCCCUGAGAAAGCAAAAAGGUUGAAAAGGCAAAAAAAGCGGAUACAAAAAAACCUACCCGUCCCCCUUCACAUCCCACAUCCCUGCUUGAGCAUUGAGCCACGGUGCUACUUUAGAGCAGAGAAGCGCAUUAUUCCCCAGAAACGGGUGUCUGAAGCGGGGUGCUUUACCAUUUAUCUCACAUUAACAAUGGAUAGAUUAAGUAUUCCACAUUUUCAUGAAAAGCUUGAAUUAGGGCACACGAAAUGGGACAAAAGCGGUGAAAUCGAAAUUCGAAGUAAGAUUUUCUUUUUUUAUUCAAGACGACUGUUUGCAGCAAAAGUGGUCAAGAAAAUGAGAAACAAGCUGGUGUUGCUUCUCUUAGGAGUCAGGAUCACACGUGUGGUUGCGUGAUUUGUGUCCAAGUUACGAUAAAUCAAAGCUCUGAACUCAGAGGUGCUCUUUUAUGAUAAGUAAACAAUUUAAAAACCUAUUUAUUUUUGCACUAUUGUCAUCUCGUUGCAACAUUUUUCCUAAUGCUUUAUGACAGGGCUUUUCUGCAGGGAUUACAAGAACAAGUCACAAGUGCAAUGUCUUUCAUAAACACUUUGCAGUAAACAGUAGAGACGGAACGUUUUAAAAAAUUAAUUCAAUGGAAGGUGGGCUGGGGGGCUUUCUCUCUGAACAUUAGGAACCAUGUUUAAUAUCAAAAUAAGAGCCCUUUGAGUUGUUUAAGUCAGCUGGUCAUGCUCCUAAAAGCUCGUGCCUCUUAUUUUGUCAUAUAUAUGAAGGCCAGAUUGUCAUCAGUUUUUUUUUUUUUUCCUCCCUGAAUUUAUUGGCUUUGUAGGGGCUCAUAUUAAUGACGAGAGGCACGUAAGUUGCAGAAAACAGAUUUUGCAGUUACUGAUAAAGUAAAUGAAAUUAAGUCCCAUCUGGAAUUCCAGGCUAAUGAUUAACAAUAGGCAUCUAGUUUUCACCAGUAAGGUCAGAGUGCCAGUCUGUGAUUAAAUCUUAAAAACAGUUCAGAUUGCAUUGCUGGCAGCUUUAUCUGGGAAUAUCUAUAAACAGUCAUUGCACUAAACUCUUGCAGUAUAUUUUUCUGUUGAUGAUGAACCAGUUUACCAGAUCAUUUAUAAUGACUGAUAAAUAUUGUGAGCCCCACAUGUUGAAACAAUCAGGCUUAUUAUUGUGUGUCAGACUGCUCCAGCUGCCCACCACGUUCCCCAUGCCUCUCCAGUUCUAUAUACACGUGUGCGGAACUGGGAGGGAUCUUUUGGAAUCUUUGUCCCUCCCCCCCAAACAAAUAAUAGACUGUUGUCUCACAACAUAUCAGUUUGGAGUAAGGGCCCAAAAUUCAGGAUAUCUUUUCUUUCUUUGGAUAGCAUUUCUUCUUUGGUCUUAUUGAAAGCUGCAGGAUGUGUAAUUGGGAAGGUUUUAGCUGAAUGCCAUACCGCUGGAAACCGGUGUUUCUACUUGAUUCUGAGGCUCCACCACUGUUAGUCUGACUGAUGAUGAUCCUGAUUCAGUAUUUCAAGGAUGUUUUUUCUUCAUUCUUUGUAAGAAAACUUAAAUGUUCCUAUAGGCGCUGGCUGGUUACCAGGAUGAAAAGAUUCUCCCCUAUCAUUUGUGGUUUUUGUCCAUAAUGGCACAGCUCAACUUCAACAAUUCAAAACCCACCACUUAAAAAUAUGUCUAUGAACCUUGUGGAGAAAGCACCCCUUUACACCUUACAUGCCUGAAUCUUGAACUGCCAUGUAUUAAAUAUCCAGUCAUCUUCUGAUUUUAGCCCACAAUGAAGCGUCACUCUCCGCUUAUCUGGAAGGUGAGUAUGAUGCCAAAAUGUAUUAAUACUGACCAAAAUCUAUGCCCUCUUCAACCGAACUUUUUUCCAACAAAUAUGUAGUGGUCAUCGACAGAGUAUUUUUUUUCUUCAACAAAAUGUAAUGUUAAAAGGUAUUUGUGUUUAAAAUGACAGUAUUCCAUAAUUGCUAGGUUCAGAACUCAGAUUUUCAUUCUUAAUCCUGUUGUCCACUGAAAGUUUGCUGUUGCUCUGUCUGCUUUGCUACUAUAUGCAUGUACAACAAUCCACUUUCAAUGCCAAUACAACUAUGAUGAACCCAGGGGGCUGUGGUUUGGUACAAUCUGUCAAAAACUGAACUGGGGAUGAAAUGGAAAUUCCAUUGUAAGAGAAACUUCUGAAAAUUCUCAAAAGCAGUUGCUUGUGUUUAACUGUGAACAAUUAAAAAUAAUUUUAAAAUAGU